UUCCCGAAACAACGCUUCUGUAGCCAACCGUCUCUAACAAACCACUCUCACACACAGACACACACCACUCUCUCUCUCUACUGCUUCAACAAUGGAGGUGGCUUCUCCUUCUUCAAGAAGCCAAACGUCGCCGCGUUCGUAUUCCUCGGCGUUCGCAUCCACAUCGGCGGCGAAUUUCUCUUCCCAGGCGUAUUUCUCCUUACCAGCGGCGCACGUUAGACCGCACGGCCAUCGUUCGUCGCCCUCUUCCUCCGUGAGGUUCUCCGUGGAGCAAAGGCCGAAGUCUCCUGGGCGGCGGUCGAUGACGGUGACAUCGAAGAAGCAGAGGAACAGCAAUGCGGUGUCGUCGACAUCGAGUGAGAAGAGGACGUGCGCGUGUUCCCCGACCAUGCACCCUGGGUCGUUUCGGUGCGCGUACCACAAACAACUGGCGGAGCGGCAAAGGCAGAAAACUGCGUCGUCGAAAGGUAGAAAACUGAACCUUCUAAGAUCGGCGAUGAAGAACUCGGUGGUGCGAAUCGGAGGAGUGGAAGGUGAACUAGUGAGGAGAACUUUAACUACUCUGAUUAGACCGUCGUCGCACCACUUGCGCCGGCGUGAAGCUUUUGAGCCGAGGCCGAGUCGGCUCUCCCUCAUGUCCAAAGCUCAAGACUCGUGAAUAUUAGGUUCCCUCGUUCUUUCAGUGUUAUGUGUGAUUCCUUAGAACAGUGGAAACGAACUGAGGACCUUUUUCUUUUCUUUUUUCUUCGCAGCGGAAAAUUAAUACAACACUGCUAUCUGUAUAGUUACAGUUAGGGUUUUGCGUGAUUGACAAGUUGCAAAUGUGGCAAUUGAUAGCAGAGAACAAAUGAAUAACUGGACUAGCUUUUUAGGCCAAAGAAUUAUUCAAUUCUUAGCAAAAUUGUGGUU